AUGUCUGAAGACAUGUCUGAUGGUGCCCCAUCUGAAGAAAAACCUGAAGUAACGGAAAUGCCCAGCGAUGAAGUAUUGCCUCAUGAAUCAGUACCACACCUUGUAGAAGCUGAGAUCUUGCAUGAGUCUUCACAAGAUCAACAUGGACAGGUCACUCAGAAUGUCAGUAAUAGAGAGGAAGGAGACAUAGUCAUUAAUGAAAACCCUUUGACUGAAAAACCCGUUGAAAGCCUGCCUUCCAGCCUGCCUUCCAAUGAAGAGACAACUGAAGACUUGCCCACUGAGUGCAUUGAAACUGUAAGCCUUGAUAUGGAACCUGAAUUGCAAGAAACACUGCAUGAGCAAAGCAAUCCAGCUGCAAACUCCUCAUCUAAAGCAAGUAGAUGGGGAGCUUGGGGUACCUGGGGAAAGUCUCUGCUGUCAUCAGCUUCUGCCAAAGUGGGUCAUGGGAUAACAGCAGUAAAGGAAAAAGCAGGAACUACCCUAAGAAUUCAUAGUGGAAGUUCAGCAUCUCUGGAAACAGCAGAGCUUCCUGCAGCUGAAACACCAGUUAUUCAAGCAGAAGAUUCUCUGGACCAAAGCUCUUCUGAGAACAUUCCUUCUUCUCCUUCAUCUGGAUCUCGUGGCAUGCUGUCAGCUAUCACUAGCGCUGUACAAAACACAGGGAAAAGUGUAUUAUCUGGAGGCUUAGAUGCUUUGGAAUUUAUUGGGAAGACAACCAUGAAUGUCCUUGCAGAAAGUGAUCCUGGGUUUAAGAGAACCAAAACACUGAUGGCAAGAACAGUCUCACUAUCUCAGCUCUUACGAGAAGCCAAAGAAAAAGAAAAACAGAGGCGGGCCCAGCAAGUUACAGUUGAAAGAACAGCACACUAUGGACUACUUUUUGAUGAAUUCCAAGGUUUGUCUCAUCUUGAAGCCCUGGAAAUCCUGUCAAAUGAAAGUGAAGCUCAGAUUCAGUCACAUUUAGCAACACUUGAUGGAGAACAGUUGGAGACUGUGAAAAAUGAUUUAAUUGCUAUAAAAGAGAUCUUUGUUCCAAAGGAAUUAGAUGAUGAAGUCAUGCAGGAGCAAAAAGCAGAUAUGGGAGAAGAGUUUGUCAGCAUGCUCACAGAAUUGCUCUUUGAAUUGCAUGUUGCUGCUACCCCAGACAAACUAAAUAAGGCUAGGAAAAAAGCUCAUGAAUGGCUGGAAGAAGCCAGUUUGUCCACCCCAGUAGACAUAGAAGAGGAGCUAAAUGAAAAACCUGAAGCACCUGGUGAAGCAAAUACUCAAAAAGACAAUAAAACUGAGAGUGAUAAAACAGUAGUAGACAAAAGCAAAACUGUGGAGGAAAUCUACAUGCUGUCCAUUGAAAGUCUGGCUGAGGUAACUGCUCGUUGUAUUGAACAGCUUCAUAAAGUAGCAGAAUUAAUUCUACAUGGGCAGGAAGUAGAAAAAACAGCUCAAGAUCAAGCAAAAGUACUGACAAAUUUAACAUGUGCCAUGUGCAAUGAAGUUUCAUCUUUAUCAAAGAAGUUUUCUGAUUCUGUAACAGCAGCUGGGAGCAAUAUGAAGGCAGAGGUUCUUAACCCCAUCAUCAACAGUGUGCUAUUAGAGGGCUGCAACAGUACUACUUAUAUUCAGGAUGCUUUCCAGUUGCUGCUUCCAGUUCUGCAAAUUUCCUAUAUCCAGACCAGUUGUUCAAAAGCCCAGGAGUUGUCAGCUUGACAGCAAC